ACCUCGGGCAAUGGACUUUUCGCGACCAAAGACAUACCCGCUGGCUCUACAAUCUUACUCAAACCGCGACCUUUGAUCGGUGAACUGGACUUACCGAGACUGGAAGAGAGUUGUCAUAAUUGCUUUUUGUGGUCACACAAGGCUGUUAGGGUUUGUGCUGGUGAAAUUAUUGGGAUCAAAGCUUGUACGGGGUGUAAGAAGGUUAGGUAUUGUAGUAAGGCAUGCCAGAAGCAGGCUUGGACCAGAUACCACAAGCAAGAAUGCAAGCUUCUGAGAGACCCGAAUCUCCCGCCUAUACCUAGUUCUGUGCGAGCGGCACUGCAACUAGCGUUCCUCAUGGACAGUAGUGCUAUGUCUGAGGAAGAUAAGGCUGGCGUGCUCCGUCUCGGAGCUCACGAUGCGACUACAAUCCAGACACCCUUCGAAGUUAUGAACUACGAAGUGACUACAACAGCGGCAAGCGAUCUGUACUUGACCAUUUUUGUGUUUACUCGUACAGUGCUAAGCAAGAAACAGAUCCUUCGCAAUUCACUGACGUUGACUUCGCCUGUCUUGGAUCCUAUGGGUAUUGCUCUGGACCCAACUGUUUGUUCGGCCAAUCACUCUUGUGAGCCGAAUGCAACUGUUCUGUUCGAUCAACCCUACCUCAUGAUGCGCUCGUUGUCACCCAUAAGAAAAGGUGAAGAAGUCUUCAUCUCCUACAUCGACAACACAGAUCCAUACUAUCGUCGGCAAACCCAAUUGAAGCAAAGAUACUGCUUCGAGUGUCAAUGUCCAAAGUGCCAAUACGGUACCAACGGCAGAGAAGACGAUUGGGCACAACCACUGGAAAAGCUCGCUCCUAAAUGCAAAGCUGAGAAAGACUUGUCCAUCUUGCAGAGCUGGAUAUAUCACGACUACGAGCCCGUACGCAACCAAAAGGAUGAUACACUCGCCACAGAGGCACUCGAGCAUGUCAUGCGAUCGUGCAAGCAGACAGAGAUGUGGCCCAUCACUAGGCAACCCUACGCCAACAUCAGAGUCGACAUCACUUCACGCAUGUUAUCUCAAAACCGACUUGGUCUUGCUCUUUUCCAAAUGGCAAAGACAUAUUUCCUCAUCAAUCCCAUCUUGUAUCCGCAAGACUUCCACCCCGUCCGCGUGGUUCAUACUUGGAACCUCGCA